CACGUGCAGGAGGCAGCUCAGUGCAAAAGAAAAUGGGGUUUUGUGUAAAUCUGGGGGCUUAAUGUUAUCAUAUAUCAAGCUACCUCGUAAAACCGACACUGAAGCCUACCGGACAACAAAUCACAGGUCAAAAAUAUGAGUUCCUCAUAUUAUGUGAAUGCUCUUUUCAGCAAAUAUACGGCUGGGGCUUCUCUCUUCCAAAACACAGAGCCCACUUCUUGUUCCUUUACUACCAAUUCCCAGAGAGGCAGCUAUGGAGCCGCCAGUGGUCAUUUUGCAGCAUCAAUGCCCGGUCUGUACAAUGUGAACAGUGCACUUUAUCAGAACCCCUUCUCUGGAUACAGCCUGGGCUCAGACGCUUAUAAUCUACAUUGCUCCACGUUUGAUCAGAACAUUCCGGUGCUCUGCAGUGACCUGGCCAAGGCAGGCUGUGACAAGGCGGAUGAAUCUUCCCUGCACUCCCAGGCUGACAGUAAUUUCCGCAUAUACCCUUGGAUGAGGUCCUCAGGUAUGGGCCCAGACAGGAAGAGGGGUCGGCAGACGUACACCCGCUACCAGACCCUCGAACUAGAAAAAGAAUUUCACUUUAACCGCUACCUAACCCGCAGGAGGAGGAUAGAAAUCGCACACGCUUUGUGUCUGACGGAAAGGCAAAUCAAGAUCUGGUUCCAAAACCGAAGGAUGAAAUGGAAAAAGGAGCAUAAGGAAGACGCUACCUCUACCCCCGAUGCUGAGGAGCAGACUCCUGCUCCCACUACUACUUCUUCUGAUGAGGAUAAAGUGAAGGAGGACGAGUAGACUGUGGCUGAGUAGUAGCAUGGACUGUGAAAGCUAUUUGGAAACAUUUGUCUGAAUGUGUUUUUGUAUUUUAUUUUUCUUGAAAGUGUUGGUAACAGAAAGCAGGCCGUAGUCGUUGCUUCUUCAGCGAGGAGGUGUAGCCUGCACAAAGACAAGUAAUGAACAAUAAAUAUUCUGAUUAUUUAAGACUCUAUGUACAUGCAAUUUUCAAUUUCGACCUGUAACAAUCUACAUAUCCAGAUCAGAAAAAAAUACUAAAAAGAAAUAAAAAUGUGGCUAAUCUUACAAAGAAACAUUUACUACCUAAAUCCAUAUAUAAUGUGCAGGCAUGUGCAUUAGACUUUACUACCUAAACAGUAAGAUAAUACAAUGCCACAUAUUAACAUCGGCUCAUGUGCCAGUGACUGCAUUAGACGUUCAGCAAAAACAACCACUACCGUUGCUUUAUACUACCUAUUUACAAAACUACCUAUUUUAUGUUCUGCUAUAAUGAUAUAUAUAUAUAUAUAUAUAUAUAUAUAUGAAUUCUAAUUGUAUUAAGUCCGGAGAAAUUGCACACAAAUGUGAAGUAAGGACUGUGUGUAUUUUUAUAUCGUCAAACGGUCGUUUGAUUUAAGCACCAAUUCAAGACGCAUUAUUUACAAAAUAAUCUUUUUUUUCCCCACCCAUAAUCCUACUCUUGAGCCAAAUUUAUGAUGUAGUAUCUUUUAUGUGUUUGCAAUGAUAUUUGAAUAGUAACGUGACCACAUUCUUUGUAUUCCAGGAAUUUGUAUUUGUGUAAAGUUGUCUGUUUAUUCGUCGUAUGCAGUAUUUCUAUGCCCGAGGUCUGCGCCAUUUGAUACAUUGGACGUAUUUUUUGUCAUCUCUACAGCAUGGUGUAUUUGUGUAGGAAAAAAUAUGAAAAAUAAACAAAAAAAUAAAGAAAUAUAACAGAUUGCUUGCCUUCCACAUCUAGAACUGUAUGUGAUCAGUGUUACCUGUGAAUAUUUCAAUUAUUGUUUUUGAGUUCUACACAAAUAAAUAUGUAUAAAUAAACAUCAAGGUAAAACUCUGUUGAAGUAUCUUUCAUAAUAUAUAU